CUCCCCAUCUCCGACGACUCCCCCCUUCUCUUCCCAACCACCUUCACCUCCUUCUAAUUUUCUUUUCCCUCCUUUUUCUCAUUCGGAUUCUUCUUUCGUCUCAUCUUCUUCCUCCUCAAUUCGUUUCUACGCACCCAGGUCAGAUUUCUAGUAGGUUUAUGCUGAGGAGUUGUUUUGAUCAAGAACCCAAAUUAUUAACCUUAAUGUAUUUUAUCAGUUCAAAGUAAGGGAUACCAGGAGGGGUAGGGGUUUGAAUACAGAGAGAGGAAAAGAUGUCGGGUAUGGGAGACGGAUAUGUGGGCACGGCUCAAGAUGCCGUGAGGAUUCGAAGACUCGAGAAGCAAAGAGAAGCCGAGCGCCAGAAAAUUAAUGAGCUCAAAAGCAAGUCGGCCUCCGAUAACGGCCAGCCGGGUCUCCUCCAAUUCGGAUCAAGUACUUCUGAGAUUCUUGAGACGGCAUUUAAGAAAGAAACCAUUGGUCUGGUCACAAGGGAGCAGUAUGUGGAGAAGAAAGAAAAUAUUAAGAACAAAUAUGAGGAGGAAGAGAAGGAGAAACUUCAGAAGCUACAGCAAGAGGAGGAGGAACUCCAAUUACAAAAGCGAAAGAAGAGGAAGAUAAAGGGGAGUUCUCGAUUGUCCUUUGCAGAUGAAGUUGAGGAUGGAAUUGAAGAGGAAGGUGGAGAAAAUAAAAGCACGGAGGCUACAAGAUUACGGUGUGGUAGACUUGGGAAAGAUCCUACAGUGGAGACCAGCUUUCUGCCAGAUAGUGAGCGGGAGGCAGAGGAACAAGCUGAGCGUGAAAGGUUGCGGAAGCAGUGGCAGACUGAGCAGGAUAAAAUAAGAAGGGAGUCACUUCAAAUUACUUACAGCUAUUGGGAUGGAACUGGGCAUAGGAGAGUGCUACAGGUAAAGAAGGGUGAUAAAAUCGGAGAUUUCCUUAAGGCUGUUCAACAGCAACUUGCACCUGAGUUUCGAGAGGUGCGAACCACCUCAGUGGAGAAUUUGCUAUAUGUAAAAGAAGAUCUUAUCAUUCCACAUCAGCAUAGUUUCUAUGAGCUAAUUGUAAACAAGGCUAGGGGCAAAAGUGGACCGCUUUUUCAUUUUGAUGUGCAUGAGGAUGUGCGAACAAUUGCUGAUGCUACAAUAGAGAAGGAUGAGUCUCAUGCUGGGAAGGUUGUUGAGAGGCAUUGGUAUGAGAAGAACAAGCAUAUUUUCCCUGCUUCCAGAUGGGAGAUAUAUGAUCCAACGAAGAAAUGGGAGCGUUACACAAUCCACGGGGACUGAUUCGUUAUCACAAUUCACAGACAUGGGAGACUGAAUUGAAUGCAGUUGCGAGUUGUUCCCCGUAUGCUGCACAGUUAAAGGGUUGAGGUUCAGUUACUGCAGGUCCUUAUUUUUUUUCCCUUUCACUUAGUGGUCGAAAAAGAGAUCAGACUAACAGAAUGUUGUUAGCAGAUUGUAUACACCUUAAUCGGAACUGUAACGAAAUCUGUUACAAGCA